AUGCCACCGCCGCAUCGCUCGCCCCUGCUCCCGGUAAAGCUGCCCCAGCCUGCCACCGACCACGCCGUAGUCGCCCCGCGCCCGUGUGCCGUGCUCGACCGCGACCUGCUGCUGCUGCACUACUCCGCCGCGCCGCACUUGCCCUGCAGCCCCGCCGCGCCCGCGCGAGCCCCCUGCUCGGCGGCUAGCGCGCGUCCGCCACUGUGGCCGCACUCGCCGCCCGCCCGCGCGUGCACGUCCCCUCCGCCACGCGCCCGCUCCGGCCACGGCCAGCGCGUCGUGCCGCUCCCCAAGCCGCCUGCGCCGCGCUCGUCGCCGUCCCCUGCCCGGCGCCACUCCGGCACCCUCUGCCCCACCUCCACCGCUGCUUGCCGCCGCCUCCUUGCCACCAGUCCGGCCCCGGCUGGCCUCGCCGAGCUAGCGCCCGGGUUCCCCCAAUCAGGCGCCCAACGCUCGCGCUUGGAUCCGCCCAUAACCACGCGCCCGUUAAGGCCAUUGGGCGUAUGA